AUGCACAUCAAUCUUACACGGAUAUCGAAUGUAUCAGAUAAUGAUUGUAUUCUAUAUCGAUUUAUUUCGAUUAUAUUUAUUUGUAUUUCAAUUCCAUCAUUUACUUAUAAUAUUCGUUUUAUAUCUACUGAACGUCAUCGAUUAAAUCCAUUAGCAUUAAGUUUAAUUGUAAAUUCACUUGUAUUAACCAUUUUUAGUUCACCUUAUAUAUUAACUCAAUCAAUAAAAUGUACUCCAAUACAAUCGUAUUUUAUCUGUUCGUCUCAAGGUUUUAUUUGUUUUACAUGCGGUAUUUGUGUAAUGUAUACAAUGUGUUUAUUAUCAUUUAUUCAAUAUAUUCGAUUAUUUUAUAAUUCAACUAUCAUCUAUCGUAUAAUCAAUCAUAAGAAUAGUGUUUUAAUACCAUUUUUAUGUUGGUUUAUAUCAUUGCUCUGGUCAUUUCCACCAUAUAUGAAUAUAAAACCCGGUUUUAUGCGUGAAGGUCAAGGUUUUGAUUGUGGUCUUAAUUGGAAAAGAAUAGAUAUUGAAAGUCAUAUAUAUAUGUUAUUAGCUUUUAUAUUUAUCUAUUUUUUACCAUUAUUUUGUUUAUUAUAUACACAUAUUCGUAUGUUAAUAGCAAUACGUAAACUUGUCUAUCGACGAUAUCCAAUAAUAUCUCAAACUACGAAAACAAUGUCAAUUGAUAUGCGUCAUAGAUUUUUUCAUAUGUUUACCAUUGCUGAAAGUAAUCGUCUUAAACGUCUUCGAAUUGAUCGAAGAUUUGCUCGAGCAACAAUGAUUACUGUAUUCUAUUAUAUAUUAGCUUGGACACCCUAUGCAAUAUGUGGUAUAUUACAAAUCAUUUUUGCUAUGAAAUAUAUUCAUUAUCAACUUCCAUCUAUGCUAUUAACAUUAUCAGCAUUAAUAGCAAAAAUGGCAGUUAUUGGACAAUCAUGUAUUUAUUUCUAUACUAUACAACCAGCAAAUAAACGAUUUUCAUUAACAUCAGCAACUUUAAAAUAA